AAUACCGUCAUUGCACGGACUUGUCCUUGUGCCUAAGUUCCAAGACUGCCACUUUCAGGCGGCCCACUACUUGUGGCCGCCUGACAACGUGCUGGAGGGGCCUGCUCCAAGAGUGUUUGAGACCGGAGGUAGCGAGAACAAACGUCAUACUCCUGGGGAAGACGAGCGCUCUCCGGGAACGCGUGUUGUACAUCGAGAAGAGGAGACUCAACGCUGGCAGUCUCGCAAAGUGUUGGAGACCGGGGGUAGCGAGUGUGAACGUCAUACUUCGGAGGGUGCAUCCGUGGACACUGACAGCGAGAGUGCAGGAGCUCCGGGGGAAACGCAUGCUGUACAGCGGGGAGAGGAGACUCGACACGGGCCGGCUCGUGAAGACGUGAAGUGGCUCCACGCACGAGCGCUGGUGAUCGGGACGUCCGAAGAGGUUCUGCACAGUCGCUUGGCUGUGGCCACGACGCGAGAGGGUGUCGUUAAGGGAGGUAAGUGGACGUUCGUGCAAGCUCCCGUUCUUGGCGACGAUGAAGACGAAGAAGAACCCGCGGUGGAAGCUCGGGUUCAUGGCGAUGAGAAAGGCGGAGAACCCGUGGUGGCAGGCGGUGAGGUGACUGUCGACAUCCGGACGGAUCCACAGUGGAAAGAUGGUGAUUCUUCGCCCACCCGUUGCAGUGAAGAACAGGGUGGUCGAGCGUCUGUCCUGAGCACCGCUCGGGAAAUGGUGCUUCACGAAGCCAUAGAGUUGGGUGACGACUCGACAGCCACCGAGAUGGUUAGCGACUCARGCGUGGCCGAGAUGCAGAACGUCGAAUCCUCCGUGGAAAGCGGUGAGAUGGCCGUCAGCAUCAAGAUGAAUCCAGAGCGGAAAGAUCAUGAUUCUCCGUYCACCCGUUGCGGUGCCGAACAGGGUGAUCGAGCACCUGUCCUCAGUACCGGUCGGGAAAUGGUGCUUCAUCAACCCAUAGACUUGCCAAGCGACUCAGCUGCCACCGAGCUGGUUAGCGACACAACCGUGGCCGAGGUCCAGAACCUCGAAUCGUCCGUGGACGUUGGCGCAGUGGCGCGACAGGAGGGCGAGUUCCCUCAAAGGGCUCCCGAGCACGGUGUGAGGUUGUUAAUGUCCCUGCCCAUGAAGCCUUUAAAAGCCGUGCGCGAGAAACGUCUUUCAGGGAGGUCAUUUGCCGCUUCACCGAAGAAGUCGUCAAGUGUAGGGUUGUUUAAAAGGGUCCAGAUGCCUCGCCUUUCCCAGAGAGUUGUCAGGGUUCUGAAGGCUUGUGGAAUAGACAAGGAGGAAGGUCUGCGGAAACAUUUGGUUGCGUCUAUUGAGAGCGUUACUGCUUUGUCUGACGGGUCUGAUCACGAUGGCAAACGGGGUGUCUUGAAAGACCCGUGUCCUAAGUACAUCGCGAAGGACACAUUCAACAAGCGGGGAUACAACUUUCCUGGGAAAAGGGCAGACAGUUCUUAGCCAUUCCACCACGGGGUUUGUGCUCACUCCUCGCACUUGUUCGUGGGUGUUUGUGCAGCUGGGGCUACAUCAUGUUUUCGCGUUCCGUUGCCUACUGAGGAGCUUAUCGCUAAGGACUUGAGAAUGUUGCGGAACGU